AUGAGUAGUAGGGUGAUUGAAUCUGAUAAAAUAGAAGAGAGAACUGGGGAGGGAGAACAACAGCAGCAGCAACAAACGAAAUACGUGGGAUUAAAUUCAAUCCAAGAUAACGAUGAAUUAUUUGAAGU